AUGGACAUGCUCAACGAAUCCGCGGUGAAUUUGGACACCGGUAUCGAUGCAUUCGAUGGGGAGUGCAACGUCGAAGAUAUUGAUGACGAGGAUGAGGAUGAGGGUGACGAGGAGGAGGUGGUUGAGGUUGAUCCGGCUGCCGCCAGUUCUUCGUCGACGCCGAAGCCACGCACGGCGAACUACAUCGAGAUCGAAGACGCCAUCUUGGUCCGUGCUUGGAGCAAGGUGGGGAUGGAUGCGUGCACCGGAGUGGACCAAGGCGGCAAGCGCUAUUGGCAGCGCAUUGAGGAUCUGUACCACCAGCUGAAGCCUCGCACCAAGAGCAUGGCCGACAGAUCCUACCGCUCCCUUGAAGGCCGAUGGAACAUAAUCAAACCAGCUUGUUCUCGUUGGAGUGCUGCCAUGGAUCAAGUGGCCGACAACCCCCCUAGUGGAUGUGUGCCGGAGGACUAUCCCAAGUAUGCUCAAGCACGGUACAAGGACAUGGCCGGCUCCAAGAACAAGAAAUUUCAAUUUCAUCAUUGCUUUUCCAUUCUUCAACAUCUUCCUAAGUGGAAGUUAAGGGACAACGAGCCAAAGUGCAAGAAGGAGGCACUGCUCACCAUGGAUGAUGAAGCGGAGGACAUGAGUGGGAGAAACGCCGGCAAGCCCGAGGGCAACAAGAAGGCCAAGGAGAGGAAGAAGGAGGUGAAGCUUGCCAAGGUGCAAGCAAGGCGGGAAGAUGCCAAGUUGAAGGCCGAGCUUGACAUGAAGAUGAUCGCACUCAAAGAAGCCAAGGCCAUGAAGGAGCUCUUGGCCGAUGAGAGGGAUAUCAUGAUGAUGCGCACCGACGGCAUGGACGAGGAUCAGCUGGCGUGGUGGAACGAGACGAAGGCGGACAUCAUAGCGAGGAAGAAGGCUGCGCGUGAAGCUCGUGAGGCAAGUGCUCAAGCUUACCUGCUUGUUCCAGCAGGUAACUGCGCUCUCGCGCUCGCCGAUAUCAACCUGCAGUUCUAUCCUCACCAGAUGCGGCAUGCUGCAGUAGAGAUGUAA